CACUCCCUCACUCCCCCUCUCCUCACCCCAAACCCGCUGAUUUUCCCUCCUCUUCUCCCCUCCCCUAUUUAUAGCUUUUAAACAAAAACCCUUACCAUCUCUUCUGGACCAUGGCAGAGCUGUUUGGCGUCCCACUAAAGUACAUCUCGCUGGUUGUUCUGACGGUGCAGAACAGCAUGCUGGUCCUGGUGAUGCGGUACUCCCGCGUAGUCAGCGACACGCGCUACUACACGUCUACUGCGGUGCUGCUGAGCGAGCUGACAAAGUUCUGUGUGUGCCUGUACAUCUCGGCGCGCGAGACCAUGAAGGAGCACAACGGGCAGCUGGUGCCCUCUGCGGUGUACCGCGAGGUGCUGGGCGGCGACAGCUGGAAGAUGCUGAUUCCGGCGGGGCUCUACACGAUUCAAAACAACCUGCAGUAUGUGGCAGUGUCGCUGCUGGACGCGGCGACGUUCCAGGCGACGUACCAGCUGAAGAUCCUGACCACGGCGCUAUGCUCGGUGAUUCUGCUGGGCACGGUCCUGGGCAUGAUGCGGUGGGCGUCGCUGGUGAUGCUGACGGUGGGUGUUAUUCUGGUGCAGCUGCCGUCUGGCGACGAUGCCCCGAGUGCCGACGGGCAGUCGGCGAACCUGAUGGGUCUGCUCACGGUGUUUGUCGCGUGCGUGCUGUCGGGUCUGGCGGGCGUGUAUUUCGAGAAGGUCCUGAAGGGGUCGCGCAAGUCGCUGUGGACGCGCAAUGUCCAGCUGUCGCUGUUUUCGACCAUCCCGGCGCUGUUUGGCGUCCUGGUGGUCGACGGGCAGGGGGUCAGGACCAACGGGUUCUUUUACGGAUACACGAGCUGGACUCUAGGUGCGAUUGCGUGCCAGGCGGUCGGCGGGCUCAUCGUCGCUGUGGUGGUCAAGUACGCAGACAACAUCCUGAAGGGAUUCGCAACCAGCAUCUCGAUUAUUCUGUCGUGCCUGGCAUCCGUGUGGAUCUUUGACUUCCGUAUCACCAAGGCCUUUGUCUUUGGCACGGCGCUGGUUAUUUAUGCCACGUACAUGUAUGGAAAGUAUGCCGGCGGCCCGUCGAAUGCCAAGCAGGGAAACGGCGUGCUGCCGUCCAGCAACGCUAGAGAGGAGAAUGUGCCGAUUGCCGGCUCCUCCAGCGGACAGCAGGACGGCGACAUCCAGCUCAACGAAAUGGAGCCCAGCAAGUUCAACGUAAAGGUCGUGUAA